UGUAUUUAGGCUUUAACAAUCGAUGUAUCACAAAAUAUCCCAUGGGUUUAGCAGCGAUGUGGAACAUAUGUCGUAAAUUUACACUUGUAUUACAGUCAUUGUCCUGUACUGGUUGCCGCGGUCAGUCUGCAAUUAUUAACCAAAAUAGAGGCGUACAGAAUCCACCAUAGCGACAUAAUACUGUGUGCUUCCUUCACAUCAAAUGUGUGCAUCUUGUCUUAUUCAGUCAUGAAGAAGAUUCAAAUAGAUCUGAGAGGAACAAUAUUUGUAUCGCGCUCCUUGGCUUUGCAGAAUACCCUUGAAAGACUAACCGCUAAAAAUUUAGCAGAAAUUAUUUCGGAUGGAAAUUAUUAUUUGGAUAGGAAUCCUUUGAUAUUUCAUCAUAUUUUGGACUACUACUCCGAAGGUCACUUCCACCUCCCAAGGAAUAUUUGUCCCAUACAGGCACGAAGCGAAGUCGAGUUUUGGGGAAUUCCUUUGACAGAUGUUCCACCGUGUUGCUAUGAGACUUUGUAUGAUGAUAAUGAAUCCGAACUCAAAGCGAUCAGUGCCCUCGAAGAAGAAAUAAAUGAAGUUGAAGAGAAAUACAACCAAAUGAAGAGACAGCAUGAUACGCCCGGGUCUUUUUCUUGGAUAGCUAUCCAAUACAAACUUGUCAAUGCAUUGAAUUUUCCACUGCAGUCACUAUUGGGCAGGGUAUGGCUUCUUGUUGUUGCUCUGUGCACGGCUAUUUCUAUAACCGUCUUCCUGCUGGAGAGCUCGGCAGUAUUCCGUGUGGAAAGAAAUGGACAGAUAAACAACAUAACGAUCGAAAUGUUCGGAGACAACCCCAAAGCGUUCAAAAUAGCAACGACUGGAAUGUCCCCCGAGAUGGCUGUCGUAGAGCUACUUUCCAACACAAUUCUUACGUUUGACCUCAUUCUCAGAUUUAGCAUCAGUCAUCAAAAGAAGAGAUUUUGCAGGAAACCUCUAAAUAUUAUUGAAUUCAUGAUAGAAAUUCUGAUAUUUUCUUUUGUAUCACUAGAGUUUCUUUUGGAUCACGAAGAAGCAGCGAAACACACUUCAUAUGAACUUUCAACGUUGCUUCAAAUUCUGUAUUCCCUCCGUGUAUUUCGCAUUUUUCGCUUGAUAGAAUCGUGUUCAGAAACGAAAAUGUUAAAGAUUUCUCUACUGAAAAGCAAAACAGAAUUUCUUUUGUUUGUUACUGUCUUGAUAUCAUUUGCGUUCAUUUUUGGAUCAUGGAUAUUUUGGGCUGAACUGUUGAAUCCCCAAACUUUCCCAACUAUUUUCACUGGCAUCUGGUGGGCUAUUGUAACUAUGACAACAGUUGGUUAUGGAGAUUUUACUCCAAAAUCUACACUCGGUUAUUUUGUUGGAGUGUUAACUUCAAUAUUUGGGUUGAUACUUCUGGCGAUGCCGAUAGCAACGAUUGCAUCCAAUUUCAGCAAGAUAUACGAUUGUUAUAACUUCAGAAAAUCCCAUUUAAAAGCUAAACGUGCAAAACAAUCAAAUCAGCUGUUUUAUCAUAGAAAAGCAGCUAUGGUUUUGUAGGGUUUAAGUUUUUUACCUCUUCUUUCAAAAACUAUACAUUUUACUGAAUGUAGGAUUUAGAUUACUUUUCAGAGGAUUUCAGAUAAAAUAUAAAAAAUGUUUCAUUUUCUACAUCAUUUUAUCAUAGAAAUGUAAAAAAAAAAAAGUGUUAUUUAAAUUAUGUUUUAUUAAGUUUUUUUAAAUUUAAAAGUAUCGAUCAUUUAAUCAAUGAUGAGUCGCAAAUUAAAUUGUGUUGAUUGAUACUAUCUAAAAAUUUCUCAGUCAUUCCUAUUUUUAAUUAUACAAGAGUUCUGCUCAAUCGAUCUUGCACUGACAAUCAAGUUGUGUCCUCAAAUACAUGUACAAUUAUCUUAAUAUUUACGUAUGUAUCAUAUAGGCCUACAUGUAAUUAUUCUAAAAUUAUAGAUUUUGUUAUCCCUAAAUGCGUGUGUUCACACACAGUGUAUUGUCUAUAAUUGUUGUU